AUGACACCAAAUAACCGCAGCCAUGUCCAUCCUACUUCCUUCAUCCUAAUGGGUGUCCCAGGCCUGGAGGCCUCCCACUUCUGGAUCGCAUUCCCUUUCUGCUCCAUGUACAUCCUGGCUGUCCUGGGAAACCUGUUUGUGCUGUUGGUGGUGUGGAUGGAGCCGGGGCUGCACCAGCCCAUGUACCUCUUCCUCUGUAUGCUCUCUGCCCUUGACUUGGUUCUCUGCACCUCCACAGUGCCCAGGAUGCUUGCUCUCUUUUGGGCAGGAGUGGCGGAGAUCACCUUUGGCACCUGCGCUACGCAGAUGUUCUUUAUCCACGGCUUUUCUGCGGUGGAGUCAGGCAUUUUGCUGGCCAUGGCUAUCGAUCGUUACGUGGCCAUCUGCCGCCCGUUACACUACGGCACCUUGUUGCCUCUGGGGACUGUGGGCCGUAUGGGUCUGGCCGCCGUGUUGCGGGGUCUGGGGCUCAUGACCCCCAUGACGUGCCUCCUGGGGCGGCUGCGUUACUGCCGCUGGGUGAUCGAGCACUCUUACUGUGAACACAUGGCUGUCGUGAAGCUGGCGUGCGGAGACACAAGGGCUAACAAUGUCUACGGCAUCACCGCCGCGACGCUGGUGGUGGGCACCGACUCCAUCUGCAUCAUCAUCUCCUAUGCUCUCAUCCUGCGGGCUGUGCUGGCGCUUUCCUCCAAGGAGGCUCGGGCCAAGACCUUCGGAACUUGUGGUUCCCACCUGGGUGUCAUCUUGCUUUUUUACAUUCCGGGUCUUUUUUCUUUUUAUACACAGAGGUUUGGUCAGCACGUGCCACACCAUGUGCAUAUACUCUUGGCUGAUCUAUACCUUGUGGUGCCCCCUAUGCUGAACCCCAUUAUUUAUGGGAUGAAGACCAAACAGAUUCGGGAUGGAGCCCUGCGACUGCUACAGAGGCGCCCAGCUUAGGGCUAAAAUCAUUCUCAAGGGGAGAUCACAGCUCUGCUCUCAUUGCCUGGUCUAAGACCAACUAGAGACAUAAGACUCCAUGUCUAAAGGGGAGAUGUGGCCUGUGCUCAUGGGGAAAAAAACAAAGAUAGGAAACCCAUCCUCUGGGAGCUCAGGGGAAGAACAUGUUCUUUAUGACUCUGUCCUUGAGGAAUACUCAUUUGAAGGGGACAGAGAUAUCCCAGAUCAGAGGAGCUCCCAUUCCGGGAUCCAAGAGCCAAGCCUGGACCAUUCUCAGGGCCUGACAAAAAUGGAGAGAAACAGAAAUGGGUGAACAUGAAGAUCAUGUAUACAGGUUCAUUGGUGCCAAAGGAAAACGGAAUGGAAGAGACAUCAGCUGUAAAAAGAGGGGAGACGUUUGGAUUAUAUAAGAUAAAGGAUAUCAUUUUAAAAUAAAAGCAAGUCUC